ACGCUUAAUGGAUUGAACAGCACUGCAGCUUGAUUCUUCUUCUAUAUCUCCCACCUUCAUCAAUUCAAUUCCAUUCCAUCCAUUCAAUUCUCAAUUCCAUUCCAUCCAUUUUGAAGAAAUUAGAUGGCUUGCUUCAUGCCUUUCACCAAUAGGAAUCUGGACAUAUUCAUGUGUGUUUUAAGGCCAACAGUCGCCAUUGUUGAUGAUCUUCUCCAUACUCUAAAACACUUUUCUUUCUUCACUGAAAGACUUGGUUGCAUUCAUUCUUCCAUCUUCAAUAGCCUCCAUGGCAAUAUGAUUGUAUGGUAUGGAGCAUGGAUCAAGAGAUCUAAUGAGAACAAGAAACUACUCUAUGAAGAUCUUCUCUCGGCGUUGACAAAUCUACAGAACAUGGCUGUGUUACUUAACCAUAACUUCAUGGUCACCUAUGGUGGUGUGGCAAAGGACGGAUCUUUGGCUGCAAAGUUCUCAACGGGUGACACUAUUUGUUUCAGCUCGAACCACCUCCUUCCUGACACCAAAUUGAACGAGCAAGACUUUGGGUACGCGUGUUUUUCCAUAUUCCAGUCUUAUUUCCCUACAAUGGAUGGCGUCGUUGCCGGGGUGUGCUUAAAGUGUGCAAGUCAGCCAAUGGUGGCCAAUUUUUACGUUUGGAAGAAUCUUCAAUCUUGUUAUUCAUUUCUACUGAACAAUGAUCAUCGAGAAAUGCUUGAAAAUUGCUUUCAAGAUGCUGCAGUUUUUGUGAAGUAUGACGUGUAUAAGGUUGUGUAUGUAAGUGCAGAUAAUAUAUCGACCUUUCAGUAUUACCCUCCUCAUAAGCUAUUGGAAAACCAUGUAUCAAACGUUGUAGAGGAUUUAGAGUGAUUCAAACAUAUUAAGGAGACAAGUUUGUUCGAUUUUAUGUUA